AUGGCUCAGUUGGCAGGGGCAGAUGAAAUAGAGUCUUUCCGUAUAGAGCUGGCAGAGAUUGGGAGGAGUAUAAGAUCCUCAUUUCGAAGUCAUGCCUCAAGUUUUCGGAGCGCCACCACUGUCAAUGCAGGAGACAAUGAUGUUGUUGGUGAUGAAGAACAUGACUUACAAUGGGCCGCAGUUGAGAGACUGCCCACUUUUGAGAGGAUAACUUCGGCUCUGUUUGAUGAAUAUGAUGGCACGUCUACAAAAGGAGACGGUAAAGGGACACGGGUGGUUGAUGUUACCAAGCUUGGAGCUCAAGAAAGACGUGUUUUCAUUGAGAAGCUUAUCAAACACAUUGAAAAUGACAAUCUUCAGUUGUUGCAGAAGAUUAGACGAAGAAUAGACAAAGUUGGUGUAAAGUUGCCUACGGUGGAAGUGAGAUAUAAGAAUCUUUGUGUGGAAGCAGAGUGCAAGGUAGUUCAUGGCAAGCCCCUACCCACUCUAUGGAAUACUCUAAAGAGUUUGGUUUUGGGCAUCACAGAGCUGACUGGUUCAAAAACGCGUGAAGCCAAGAUAAGCAUCGUCAAAGAUGUCAGUGGUAUUAUUAAGCCGGGAAGGAUGACUUUAUUGCUUGGCCCUCCAGGUUGUGGAAAAACCACAUUGCUGAUGGCACUCUCAGGGAAGCUAAGCCAUUCUCUCAAGGUUUCCGGCGAAAUAUGUUACAAUGGUUAUAGACUAGAAGAAUUUGUUCCUCAGAAAACCUCAGCUUAUGUAAGCCAAUAUGAUGUGCAUAUUCCAGAGAUCACUGCAAGGGAAACGCUUGAUUUCUCUGCAUGUUGUCAAGGUGUAGGAAGUCGAACCGAGAUUAUGGUGGAAGUCAGUAGAAGGGAAAAGCAGGUAGGAAUAGUUCCAGAUCCUGAUGUAGAUGCUUACAUGAAGGCCACAUCUGUUAAGGGACUGAAAAAUACACUUCAAACUGACUACAUUCUUAAGAUACUUGGUCUGGAAAUCUGUGCUGACACGUUGGUAGGAGAUCCCAUAAGAAGAGGAAUAUCCGGUGGUCAAAAGAAACGGUUGACUACAGGGGAAAUGAUUGUUGGACCUGCAAAAGCUCUGUUCAUGGAUGAAAUAUCUAAUGGCUUAGAUAGUUCUACCACUUUCCAACUUGUGUCUUGUCUUCAGCAUUUUGUGCAUAUCACAGAUGCAACUGCAUUGAUUUCGCUUCUUCAGCCUGCACCAGAGACAUUUGAUCUCUUUGAUGAUGUCCUCUUAAUGGCGGAAGGGAAGAUUGUGUUUCACGGGCCAAGAACAGAAAUUCUGAAUUUUUUUGAGGAGUGUGGGUUUAAGUGCCCAGAAAGGAAAGGUGUUGCCGACUUCCUUCAGGAGGUUAUCUCUAGAAAAGAUCAAGCACAGUAUUGGGACUGUGCAGAGCAACCUUACAGUUACAUUUCUGUUGAUCAGUUCAUUAAAAAAUUUGAGGAUGGACAUCUUGGCUGGCAGCUAAAUGAGGAGCUCUCAAAGCUAUUUGAUAAGUCUCAGAGCCACAAGGAUGCUCUAUCUUUUAGAACAUACUCAUUACCUAAAUGGGAACUGUUUAAAUCUUGCACAAGGAGGGAAUUUCUUCUGAUGAAAAGGAAUUCUUUUAUUUAUGUUUUCAAAUCAAUUCAGCUAGUCAUAAUUGCUUCAAUAACGAUGACAGUUUUCCUUCGAACUCGAAUGGCUAUUGACAUGGUCCACGCAAAUUAUUAUAUGGGUUCUUUAUUCUAUGCACUCCUCAUACUUCUUGUUGAUGGCUUCCCAGAAUUGUCAAUGACUGUCUCAAGAAUUGGGGUUUUCUACAAACAGAAAGAGUUGUGUUUUUAUCCUGCUUGGGCUUAUGCAAUCCCAGCUGCCAUCCUAAAGGUUCCACUUUCGUUCUUGGAGGCUUUUGUUUGGACAGUUCUUACAUACUAUGUUAUUGGUUACAGCCCUGAGGUUGGAAGGUUCUUUCGCCAGUUCCUUCUACUCUUUGCUGUCCACUUAACAUCAAUAUCCAUGUUUCGGUUUAUUGCUUCAUUUUUCCAAACCGUGGGUGCUUCUAUGACAGCUGGUAGUUCAGCAAUAUUGUCUGUCUUAUUAUUUGGUGGCUUUGUUAUACCAAAAUCUUAUAUGCCAGCUUGGUUGAAGUGGGGAUUUUGGGUUUCUCCUUUGACCUAUGGGGAGAUAGGAAUGACAGUUAAUGAAUUCCAAGCACCCCGAUGGGAACAGGUCUAUUCAAACACAACUCUUGGGCGACAAGUACUGGAAAGCCGUGGAUUAAAUUUUGAAGGCUAUUUUUAUUGGAUAUCAGUUGGUGCAUUAUUGGGAUUCACAGUACUAUUCAAUGUUGGUUUCACCUUGGCUUUGACACUCUUUAAGUCUCCGGGAAGGCCCCCUGCUCUAAUUUCUUACGAAAAGUACUGUCAACUACAAGGAAAAAGAGACAGCAAAACUGAUAUAGCAACAGAGGGGAAAUCCAUUAGUGCACCUAAAACUUCUGCCGAACCCAAGAAGGGAAGAAUGGUUUUGCCAUUUGAGCCCCUAGCCGUAGCAUUUCAGGAUGUACAAUACUAUGUUGACACCCCUUUGUGGGGCUGGGAAAACAACUCUCAUGGAUGUUCUCUGUGGAAGGAAAACUGGUGGUACCAUGAAGGGGAAAUAAGAAUUGGUGGUUACCCAAAGGUGCAAGAUACAUUUGCUCGGAUAUCAGGUUAUUGUGAGCAAAGUGACAUACAUUCUCCACAAAUAACCGUGGAAGAAUCAGUAGUGUACUCUGCUUGGCUGCGGCUCCCUUCUCAGAUUGAUUCAAAUACUAAAGCUGAAUUUGUAAAUGAAGUCCUUGAAACUAUUGAGCUUGAUGGGAUUAAAGACUGCUUAGUGGGCAUAGCAGGGGUUAGCGGUUUAUCAACUGAGCAGCGCAAACGACUGACCAUAGCUGUGGAACUCGUUGCCAAUCCAUCUAUCAUGUUCAUGGAUGAACCAACUUCAGGUUUAGAUGCACGGGCAGCUGCUAUUGUUAUGAGAGCGGUGAAAAAUGUUUCUGCAACAGGAAGAACGGUUGUUUGUACCAUCCACCAACCAAGUAUUGACAUUUUUGAGGCAUUUGAUGAGUUGAUUCUCAUGAAAACUGGAGGACACAUAAUCUAUUGUGGCCCACUAGGGAAGAACUCAAGCAGGGUCAUUGAGUACUUUGAGAGUAUCCCCGGGUUGCCCUCAAUGAAAGACAAUUAUAACCCAGCAACAUGGAUGCUAGAAGUCACUUCAAAAUCUGCAGAAGCUGAGCUUGUUGAAAGAACUGGGUAUUUAUCAUCAUUGCAUACCCUAUGGGGUUUCUUUAGCCAUGCUAGGGAAGAACAAGAGGUUAGUCAAGCAAUUGAGUACACCAUCUCCUGGUUCAAAGGUUUUGCAGUUUCCUACCCGUUUUCCUCAGAAUGGUUGGGGGCAGUUCAAAGCGUGCUUCUGGAAACAGAACUUGUCUUAUUGGAGAAGUCCUUCAUAUAA